CACACGCUCUCUUCUUUCUCUUUCUUCAUCUUAACUUGUUCAUACCCCCAACAAAGCCAAUCCUUGACCCAAAAAAAUAAAAUAAAAUAAAAAAUAAAAAAUAAAAAAAAGUUUUUUUUUAUAUUACAUUUUCCCCUCAUCUUUUCAAGCAACAAUCAUCGUUUAUUGCCAGUCAUCAUGUUGUUCAGACUCUCCACAGUUGCCGCGAUCGCCUUGACUGCCUCCUCCGCAGUUGUUGCCUUCCCAUCCUUCCUCUACUCUGAGCGUAUGGCUCCUGUUGUCUCUUCGAUUGAAGCUGAAGUUGUUCCAGAUUCAUACAUUGUAGUCUUCAAGGAUGGUGUUCGCAACCUCAACGAGCAAGCGACAUGGAUUCAAGACCUCCAUCGCCGCGAUGUAGCACUGAAUGGAGCUUGGGAGAAUUCAUUUGAUGGAAGUCUCGAAAGCGGUGUCCGACAUAUCUACAAUAUGGAUUCUUUCCAAGGCAUUGCAGGCCGAUUCCGCCCUGAAGUCAUUGAAUACGUUCGUAGACACCGUGAUGUCGAUUACAUCGAGCGUGACCAAGUUGUUUAUGCCACAGAAACUCAGAAGAACGCACCCUGGGGUCUAGCCCGUAUCUCGCAUCGCAAGAAGUUGACCUUGAAGACCUACAAAAAGUAUGAACACAACCCUGAAGGUGGCGAUGGAAUCACAGUCUUUGUGAUUGACACAGGUAUUAAUACGAAACAUAAGGAGUUCGAAGGCCGUGCUAGCUGGGGAGCCACUAUCCCUAUGGGUGAUGCCGAUAUCGAUGGUAACGGUCAUGGAACCCAUUGUGCUGGUACGAUUGGAAGUGCUGCAUAUGGCGUUGCAAAGAAGGCCAAGGUCGUCGCAGUGAAGGUCUUGCGUUCUAAUGGUUCGGGUACUAUGUCGGAUGUUGUUGCCGGAGUUGAUUUUGCUGUUCAAAAACACUCGGCACUCAAGACCGCUGGUGGUUCAAAGUAUAAGGGCUCAGUCGCUAAUAUGUCUCUUGGUGGAGGUAAAUCUCGCCCAUUGGAUUCUGCGGUGUCGAGUGCGGUCGCAAGGGGCCUCCACUUUGCAGUGGCCGCUGGAAACGAUAACAGGGAUGCUUGUAAUUACUCACCUGCUGGUGUGGAGGCUGCUGUGACAGUAGGCGCUUCGACUGUGAGGGACGAAAGAGCCUAUUUCUCCAACUAUGGACCUUGUGUUGAUAUCUUUGGUCCUGGACUUGACAUUGAGUCGACCUGGAUCGGAGGCACGAAUACGAAGAGGACUAUCUCAGGAACAUCCAUGGCAUCCCCCCAUGUAGCUGGUUUGAUCGCAUACUAUCUGUCAUUGGCACCCAGCAAUGACUCUGCAUUCAACUCCGGACCUAUUUCGCCAAAGGAAAUGAAGGCCCUUUUGAAGAGGACUGCUACUAGAGAUGUUUUGGAGGAUGUCAACUCGAGAACACCCAACUUGUUGAUCUAUAACGGUGGUGGCAAGAAGGAGAGCUACUAUGCCUGGUAAAAAAAAAAAAAAAAAAAAAA